AUGGAGAACCACACACCAAGACCAAAAGAGUCCAUCUCUCUUGCAUCCGUGGCCAAUGGUCUGGACAACAUGGGGGCUGAGCUCUUGGAAAGCCUGGAGGAAGGCCGGACCCCUGGCAACGACCUGAGCCCCACAGACGGCAGAGACAGCUGGAGCACAGCUGGCCAGGAGCCCCUCUCUGGGUGGAGGAGCCUGCAGCCGGCCCUGAAAGCGAGACGCUUCUGCAGGGAGCAUGCACAGCUGUUUCGAUGGAUCUGCGCAGGCCUGCUCUGCACUGGGUUCGCUGCCUUCCUGCUGAUUGCCUGCCUCCUGGAUUUCCAGAGGGCCCUGCCCCUGUUCGUCCUCACCUGUGUGGUCCUGGUCUUCCUGGCCCACAGCCUGGGAAAGAGGCUGCUGGGGCCAAGGUUGCUGAGGUGUGUCAGGCCUCUGGGGCACCCCUGCCUGAGCCUCUGGUUUAAGAGGGGUCUAGCCCUCGCCGCUGUCCUGGGCCUGGGCCUGUGGCUGAUCCUGGACACCUCCCGGCGGCCCGAGCAGCUGGUAUCCUUCGCAGGAAUCUGCGUGUUCAUCAGCGUCCUCUUUGCCUGUUCAAAGCAUCAUUGCGCAGUAUCUUGGCGGGCUGUGUCCUGGGGUCUUGGGCUGCAGUUUGUACUUGGACUCCUCGUCAUCAGAACAGAACCUGGAUUUACUGCGUUCCAGUGGCUGGGCGAGCAGAUCCAGAUCUUCCUGAGCUACACCGAGGCCGGCUCCAGCUUCGUGUUUGGGGAAGCUCUGGUCAAGGAUGUCUUUGCUUUUCAGGUCCUGCCCAUCAUUGUUUUCUUCAGCUGUGUCAUGUCAAUUCUCUACCACGUGGGCCUCAUGCAGUGGGUGAUCCUGAAGAUUGCCUGGCUGAUGCAGGUCACCAUGAGCACCACCGCUACCGAGACCCUGAGCGUGGCUGGAAACAUCUUUGUGAGCCAGACCGAGGCUCCUCUACUGAUCCGGCCCUACUUGGCAGACAUGACCCUCUCUGAGAUCCACGUUGUCAUGACCGGAGGCUAUGCCACCAUUGCCGGCUCCCUGCUGGGCGCCUACAUCUCCUUUGGGAUCGACGCCGCCUCCUUGAUUGCUGCCUCGGUGAUGGCCGCGCCGUGUGCUCUGGCCCUCUCCAAGCUGGUCUACCCGGAGGUGGAGGAGUCCAAGUUCAGGAGCGAGGCAGGAGUGAAGCUGAGCUCCGGAGACGCCCAGAACCUCUUAGAAGCCGCCAGCACUGGGGCCGCCAUGUCCGUGAGGGUUGUCACCAACAUCGCAGCCAACCUGAUUGCCUUCCUGGCGGUGCUGGCCUUCAUCAACGCUGCCCUCGCCUGGCUGGGGGACCUGGUGGACGUUCAGGGGCUCAGCUUCCAGCUCCUCUGCUCCUACCUCCUGCGGCCUGUGGCUUUCUUGAUGGGCGUGGCCUGGGAAGACUGCCCCGUGGUGGCCGAGCUGCUGGGGAUCAAGCUGUUUCUGAACGAGUUUGUGGCCUACCAGGAGCUGUCCCAGUACAAGCAGCGCCGCCUCGCGGGGGCUGAGGAAUGGGUCGGCGGCAAGAAACAGUGGAUCUCCGUCAGAGCAGAAAUCCUCACGACAUACGCCCUCUGUGGAUUUGCCAACGUCAGCUCCAUUGGGAUCAUGCUGGGAGGCCUGAUCUCCAUGGCCCCCCAGCGGAAAGGCGACUUCUCCAAGAUCGUGCUGCGGGCGCUCUGCACAGGCGCCUGCGUCUCCCUAGUGAACGCAUGCGUCGCAGGGAUCCUCUACAUGCCCAGGGGGGCUGAAGUCAACUGCACGGCCCUCCUGAACACGACCCUCAGCAGCAGCAGCUUUGAGGUGUACCAGUGCUGCCGCGAGGCCUUCCAGAGCACCAGCGCAGAGUUCAGCCCAGGGGUCCUGGACAACUGCUGUCGAUUUUACAACCACACGGUCUGUACACCCUCCCCCCGGGCUGUCCCUGGACAUCCUGCCUGUGUGGACAGCACAGCUCUCUCCCAGGACUGGACCCUGGCCCUGUGCCGGCCUAAGCCUAAGGGCCCCCUGCCCUCUUCCCUGGGCUCCCUGUGCACCUGGCACACGGCCAGCGUCCCGUCUCGCAGUACCCCACACAGCGCGGGCCCUGGGUGUGCGGCGUAA